AUGACAACCCCAAAGCGUCAUUUGUUCAGUGCUCAUGCUGUCGCUAUGAUUGAUAAGGAUAAUGGCAUUGCAGAUUGUAACGAAGAUUGGGUGGAAAGACAACAUCAGAUGCGGAAAAAAGUCACCAGCACAUACAAGACUAGGAACCUCGUGAAGCUUGCUAGGUAUGAGAUUCGACAGGACGGGAUUAACAACAACCAACGCAUCAAAGAAAUUCAGAAAGGAGUUUCUGAAAGAGCUUCAAGGAAAGGCUUUAGAGCGAAAGCUUUGAGGGAAAAGCAGAUAGCACAAGCUAAAAGGCAUGGCCUGCGGCAAAAGGCAAUUGAUGAAUUUCCGCAGCAGUUAGAAGAAAACCCAACUCUUAAAUCCCUCAAGGAUCGGAGUAUAUUGGACAGACUAAGACCACUUGAGAACAGAACAGAACUUCAAGAGUAG